CGCAGGACCAGGGAGUACUCUUCAUAUACCUCUCUGACACCUGGUGGCGCGCCUCGUGGCUUUUCGCGCUCCUCGGCGGCGCGGGCCUCUCGAGAGGCUGGAUGCCAAUGCGCCGCAGUCUCACAUCAGUGCUUAUUUCGAGUGCUUUUGCACGUUUCCCAGCGUCUCAUAAUCCAUUCUCGCCAGUAAGCAGAACGAUUGCAGCCGUGCGCCCGUUGCAGCGGAGCACUCAGAGAGGCCAGGUGGCAGCACUCGUGAUUUAAGACGACGCAGGCAAUGGCCGCCAUGGAAAAUUCUCGCAUGAAGCUCUCCUAUUUCGACGCGCGCGGCGUCGCGGAGACGACGCGCUACAUGCUGGCCGUCACUAAGACGCCGUACGAGGACUUCCGCUACGGUUUUACCUUCGGCACCCCCGGAGAUUUCAGCACCGUGCAGCGGCCGGAGUUCGACGCCGCCAAAGCCGCCGGGAAACUCGACGCGAACCUCGGCCGCCUGCCGCUGCUGGAAGUUGACGGCCAGGUGUUCGGCCAGUCCAAAACCAUCGAGCGCUUCGUGGCGAAGCGCGUCGGCAUGAUGGGUGCGACGCCCGUGGAAGAGGCCCAGAUCGACUGCAUCUGCGAGCACUUACGUGAUUGCAAAGAUAAGUAUAUGAAGGCCAAGACCAACCCGGAAACGAAGGCCGCCUACUUCGCGACGGAGAUGCCGGAGUUCAUGGCGAAAGUGGAGAAGACGUGCGUGGGACCCUGGCUCUGCGGCAGCAAGUGCACGCUCGCCGACGCGGCCGCCUUCGUCUUCGUCAAGGAGUUCUUCGACGACGUCGAGAGCUCGACCAAGGCCAUCGCGGGGUGCCCCAAGAUCUCCGCGGCGGUCGAGGCCUUCGGGAAGCUCCCCGAGGUCCUCGCCUGGCAGCAAAAGCGCCCGAAGACGAUGUUCUAGAUGUAUAAGUUAGGUUGUGCAUAAC